AUGGCAUUAGAGGUGGUGGUAAUGAAAGUGAGCAUCCGGACUUGCACCCAGAGCAUUUUCCAUUCACAAAUUUGCCUUGGCAGUAAGGAUGAAGUGAGUAUUCAGGAUCAGAUGGAUAUUAAGUGUCUGAGAUGCUAUAUAAUACUCCUUAUCUUUUUGCCAACAGGUCCUUCAAUGGGAGAUGCCACUCUAAGGAGGAGAAUCAAAUCCUGGGAAUUUGAAGCUUUCUUUAACCCUCAAGAACUCCGUAAGGAGACAUGUCUACUCUAUGAAAUCAAGUGGGGUGCAAGUCACAAUAUCUGGAGAAGCUCAAAUCAAAACACAACUCAACAUGCCGAAAUCAACUUCAUGGAAAAAUUCACCUCAGAAAGAAAUUUUAAACCAUCUGUUAAAUGCUCCAUUACCUGGUUCCUCUCCUGGAGUCCUUGUUGGAGAUGUUCCAAGGCCAUUAGAGAGUUUUUAAAUCAAUACCCCAAUGUGACCCUGGUCAUUUUUGUAUCUCGGCUUUACUGGCACAUGGAACAACAACAUCGUCAAGAACUCAAGGAACUUGUCUGCUCUGGUGUGACUAUCCAAAUUAUGAACUACUCAGAGUAUCGUCACUGUUGGAGAAAUUUUGUUGACUAUCUACCUGAGGAAGAAGACCACUGGCCUAAAUACCCCACUCUUUGGAUUAUGUUAUAUGUCCUGGAGCUCCACUGCAUAAUUUUAGGGCUUCCACCAUGUUUAAAGAUUUCAGUGCGUCAUUCUGAUCAGCUUGUGCUCUUCAGCCUUGAUUUGCAAGAUUGCCAUUAUCAAAAGAUUCCAUAUCAUGUUCUUGUAGCCACAGGAAUAAUCCGGCCAUUUGUAACCUGGAGGUGAAUAAAAUGGGGGGUUUUUGGUGUUCUUAUCUCAGACCACAGUACUGAUGAUCUACUAAUGCCUGGACUUGACAAAGAGUUGGGAAAUGAGAACAAACAAGAAACAAAGCAAACCGUAAUAUCACAAAUACCACACACAAUUUGGGAUACGUUUCUUAGAUAAAACAUCUAAUACAUUCUGGAGUCAACUUUAAGAAGCCACAAAAAAUUCAUUAAUAUUCUCAUUGUUUUCUUUUUAAUUCAAUUCAAUU